GCACGGAAUUCUGGGCCUCUGCGGGCUCAGGCUGCGUCGCCAUCUUUAAACCCCAGAAGGAGCAACAGUCGGAAGGAGCGUCGGUAUCAGUCGCUUUCGCUGCCUGCGUUCAUUACGGAUAUUGUGGGGUUUCUGCCUUGGUACUUCUGUGCGGGAUCGGGGCGGCGCGUCUCUCUUUAACUAACAGACGCCACAGCCGCUGCUUGUGGUUAAGGCUCCGCUGCUCGGCCGCAGCAGCUCCCGAGUUAUCCCCCCGCAGCCCGGCCGGAGAUGAGCGGAAGAUGUCGGUGUCGGGGCUGAAGGCCGAGCUGAAGUUUCUGGAGUCCAUCUUCGACCCGAACCACGAACGCUUCCGAAUCAUAGACUGGAAGCCCGAUGAGCUCAGCUGCCAGUUCAACGUGACGGGGGAAAAGCUGCUGAUCAUCCACUGCAAUAUCACGGAGUCCUACCCUUCCACACCCCCAAUAUGGUUUGUGGACUCUGACGACCCCAGUCUGGCGCAGGUGCUGGAACGCUUGGAGGAUGUGAGGAAGGGCAGCACCUUGCUCCUGCAGCAGCUGAAGCGGUUGAUCUGUGACCUCUGUCGGUUGUACAACCUGCCCCAGCACCCCGAUGUGGAGAUGCUGGACCAGCCGCUCCCCACAGGCCCCGUACACCCUGAGCGGAAGCAUGUGCUGCCCGACGAAGUAACUUCUGAGGAAGAGGAGGAGGAAGAUAUGGGAGAGCAGGACAUCGAAGAUCUCGACCACUACGACAUGAAAGAGGAGGAGCCCGUGGAUGGCAAGAAGUCUGAGGAUGAUGGGAUCGAGAAGGAGAACCUGGCCAUCCUGGAGAAGAUCCGCAAAAACCAAAGGCAGGACCAUUUGAAUGGUGCUGUGUCCGGGUCAGUGCAGGCCUCCGAUCGUCUCAUGAAGGAGCUCAGGGAGAUCUACCGGUCGCAGAGCUACAAGACAGGAAUCUACUCGGUGGAGCUUGUCAAUGACAGUCUUUACGAAUGGCACGUUAAGUUGAGGACGGUAGACCCAGACAGCCCAUUACAUAGUGAUUUACAAGUUUUGAAGGAAAAGGAGGGCAUGGACUACAUUCUGCUCAAUUUCUCCUACAAAGACAAUUUUCCAUUUGACCCACCGUUCGUGCGAGUCGUUUCACCUGUGCUUUCCGGGGGUUACGUUCUGGGAGGAGGUGCCCUCUGCAUGGAGCUCCUCACAAAGCAGGGUUGGAGCAGUGCAUAUUCAAUAGAGUCCGUCAUCAUGCAGAUCAACGCCACCUUAGUGAAAGGAAAGGCCCGGGUGCAGUUUGGAGCCAAUAAGAACCAGUACAAUCUUGCCAGAGCACAGCAAUCUUAUAGAUCACUGGUACAGAUUCAUGAAAAAAACGGCUGGUACACACCCCCUAAAGAAGACGGGUAAACAGGAAGCUCUCCCCGAGUGUGCGCACUGGGACCACUGUUUUUGUUCUUUUUUCCCCUCCUCUCUCCCGUCUUAUUCGCUCUCCUCUGACUCUCAAACUGACUUUACUGGGAGUGCGACUCCAAAUACGCUCGACCUCCAAACGCGUUCGCUUGGAGGCUGUUCACAUCCACUGGGUAAAAUUUCGGCAUUUUCUCCUGUCUGCUGCCGGACGGCCACAUCUCUGUCCCGCCUCCCUGCUGCCCCCCAGCCGCCGAGCGCGUCGUCCCCUCCUUUCACUCGCUCUCAGUCCAUCCCUCUAUCUCAGCGUGCUAGAAGGAUGAAUGGACUUUGUGGAGCAGGCUGAGCUUGUCAUGGGCGCAUAGGAAGCUAGUGGAGCCAAGCACGGAGCUGGAAGAGAUACAAGACGAACUUCACAGUGGAGGGGGCUUUAUGAAACGAGCGCGGUGAGAGCCUGGUCUUCGGUCAUGAUCGAGAGAGGCAGCUGUGAUUCUCUGUCCUUUGUGAGGUAUCGCCUCUCUGGCCGCGUCCGGGAUUUUUAUCAUGAAACCAUGGAGACUCUUAAUGACGUUGCGUGCCACUGCUUCACUCUUCUCCUGACCCCACUCCUUCAUUUUUUCCUGGAAUGUUUAAGACUGAAGGGGAUGACAUACUCUGGGUGUCGAUUGUUCAGCAUUUUAAAUUUUCGACGUCGGUCAGAGGUCGGAAAACAUUGGCACCCCGCUCACCCGGACCGUGGGGAGUCUCUCGCCUGUCCCUCUAGGUUCUUAGCUUUUGGCUGAAGGCUCGGUGGAUUUAAACUUGUGAGACAGAUCAAUUUAACUCUACAUGUAAACUUGUAAAGAUGUAUUUCUGAGACCUUGUUUUGGAGGCGACGCCUGGGUUUUCACGCACGGUUGCACCAGGGCUCCUUUGGCUGAAACGGGAGCCGUUUGGCAUGAAGAGUCUUCACAAGUAGAAUGACAAGUGCUUCAGUUGGACACCCUCACUGGGUUUUAAGACGGUGCCCGAAUGUGACCUGCUUUUUCUCGUAGGCGCUGCGAAGUCCUGGCAUCGUGUCUGUGCCAUUCUGAUGAUGUGCCCCCCCUGAAUGGCAUGAGUGCCCCUCUGUCCUGCCGAGUCGGAUGCUGUUGCAGUUUGGAUUGUCCGUUACAGCAGAGUCCUGUUUUACCUUUAGCCAUAACUUUGGCCAUCUUGUAUGCCGAUGGCCACAUUAAAUCUCUGCCUCUAACUCCAAAGGGGUCGGCCUCUCUUCCAUCUUGUGAAAUGUUUGGAAUAUCAUGACGUUGGAUUACGCUCUGAUCGUGGGAGACGGGAGCGGCCUGUGGGACUGCGGGGGGUGAGUGUGCUUCAGGUGCCCCCCCCCUCGCCCCACAGGUACAGAUUUCUAAGUAGAGCCUGUUUCAGGUUCUGUUCACUUGAGGGGGGCAGGGUGCCCACCGUAAAGGAUGACCUCCCUUCCCUGUCCUGUUGGCUGCAUCCAGCCCUCGACGCCCAGACACACUCCACAUUUUGUUUGUUGGGUUCUCGGUCAGAUAACUGAACUUACCCAGGACUGUACUCACCAAGUCUCUUGUGACAGGGUGCAGAUGUCGCUCCUUAAGCGGCAGUUACAUGCUUUGCCACAUUGGUGGACAGAAUUUAAAAGUACUGGUCCCAUUGCAGUGCUCUUUAUUUUCCUGUUCCACUUUCUAAUCCAGAUUUUUUCUUUAAAUUCAUAGAAAUGGCCUUUUUUGGUUUUGAAAUAUUACUUUCGGGUUACAAGCUGUAGAUUGGCUCUGAUUCUAACUCCUCAAAGCACUAGCAAAUACCUUUAUUGUGAAUACAAGUGAUGGAUUGUGUUGUAAAUUUGCAUCCUCGAAGUGUAUUGGCAAAAUUGUCGAAUUGCUCAUAUAAGCAGGCCUGCGAUAUGUAAUGCUGCCUGAUUUCGUGUUAAGGGUUAACUUUCUGCUUCUAACGCUGUGCUUUUAAGUGAAUGAACAAAUUGGUAUGACACCUUUGUAAGCGAUCACUUUAUUGCCCCUUCUGUUGGCCUCUUCCCUCCCAUGUCACUUGUCUUUACUUCUGCUUCCCCAACAUGGCGGUGCAGUGUGUUGUUUGUAAGCUCCGCCCUCUUGCCUGUUUGUGUCUUGAGGGACCUCCCAGCGUGGGGCUGUCUUGCCACCCCCCAGCACCCGGAAUACAGCCGCCUGUAAGCAUCUUCCCGUCUCUCUGCUAGCAGUCGUCAACUAACACAACUCAGGAAUACAAACUGUAGACUUUGCAAGAAAUUGCCUCAUAUGUACAAGAUGUAAUGUACUCUUGUCAUUGUCUGCUGAAAUAUCACUCCCACACUUAAACGGGCUUUUGCACCAAGGUGGAGUAGGGCACGCCUACCCCUUCCAGUUUACUUAAGUUUAAUUUUUUUGGUCAAAUCUAGAAGCUGUGAGUUUUAUUUGGUGGGAACAUUUAAGGGUCAAAUGUGAAGAAUGCCGUGAAAUGAUCACCUGACGGCCGCCGUUCUGAUGGGAGCGUGUCGUACAGGAGCCCACGUAUUCCGGCCAGCUGGGGUGGUGAGACCUUUACAGCGGCUGUAACCGUCCUCAUCUCUUAAUUCUUAACAGCUGCCAUUCGCCGCUGAAGGUUUCCACUGUACCUUCACAGAAUGCGAGUUUAAUGCUUGAUGCUGAUGUAAAGAGGUCACAUGGGUGCUGGCAGGCUGGUGCUUUACUGCUGAUGGGUGUCAACGAGUGACUUUUUAAUCAUGAAAUCUUACAGCUACAGAGGAGUGUCGUCAUGCGUACAGUCUGAUGUUGGAAGUAUUUUAAAUGCAUCUUCAGGUUUUUUUUUUUUUAAUCUUAGUCCCAUUUAAGUUGCAGAAAACAGUCACUUUGUGUUGACUGGACACACCCCCAAAUGUUAAAUCUGCUGAAUUAGACCAUUCUAACCUUUUGAAUGUAUAUCUAACACAGCUUGUCAAUCCUACACUUAACUCAGACCUGAACUGCUGCUUUCCUGAAGCCAGGGCUCUGAUAAAAUGUUUUCACAGUAAACUGAUUUGUUUAGUGUCGGGUAUGCUGUGGUCGUUAGCUUCACUCAUACAAACACUGGACAGCUAUGCCAGCAGGCGUUUGGGGGGGAGAGUCGCGGAUUCUGUUGCUGAUGCCAUCUCGUGGUGGGCAAGUUUAUCAAGUUAUGCGCUAUUGGCAUGCUUUGAUUCCUUCCUCCCCCGAUUGCGAGAGUAAUUUUGAUGAUGUACAGUAAUUUGUAAACUUGCAUCAAGUUUAUGAAUAAAGAAUUUUAAGAAAUAA